UCGCGGAGCUGUUGACGUUAAAAACAGAAGCUUCAAGCAAUACAAGAAAAUGCUUUUUAUGCCAGACUUUCUAUACGUUUUCACCGGAGUUUGAGGUGAUUUACAGGGUUUUAGGAGACUGUUAAUGUCGCAGAAGGAACACAUCAGAGAAAAAACUGCCAGGACACCAGCUGUUGUGAUGAAUUCUGCUGAGAAACGAGACAUCAGAAUCAAACGGGUCUCGUCCAGGAAGAGAUCUCGCGAUAGCUCACAGAUGACACCUGAGAGGAAGAGAGGAUCUGAGAAAUGUCCAAAGAUCUGCAGGCUGAGCAGCAUCAUGGCAGAACAACAACAACAACAGCAAAAACAACCUGCUGCAGAGUUGUUCUGCAGCGACAGCGAGGAUCUGUUCGGGGAUUACGACAGCCUCCUGCAGGACAGCUCGCUGCUCGACAGGCUGGACGACGCUGAGCAGAGCGAGAGGCAGAGAGACGUCCAGAGAGACUUCACCAACCUGAGGACGAUGACAGAUGAAGACGUGCUCACAGACUCCAUCCUGGACGCCAUGGGAGAGGAAGAUCUUCCUCCCAGCAUGCAACAGUUCAAGGAUCAGGUCCAGGAGACGAGGGUCCGUCUGCAGGGCGGAGAUCAGACCUCCACGCCGCUCAGAAACACAAAGACCUCAACCCCUCUGAGGACUAAAGAGGAGAGUAGACCCCCGAGAGGAGGAGGAGGAGGAGGAGGAGGAGGAGGAGGAGGAGGAGGGCCAUCGAGGAGGAGGAGCGUGGCGGACGCUCUGAAGAAGACGAUGCUUUGUAACGCAGCCUCUCCAGCGAUGGCGUCUCGCAGCGCAGCUUUAAAGGAGGCCGUCCUCUCGGAGGAAAUCUCCGUCGCCAUGCAGGCGUUGGAGGAAGUUUCUGAAGAGAAGACCCCCGACCUCGGGCCCUUCUUCGGGCUCCCGUCCAGAGUCAAGGAGCUGAUGCUGAGGCUGAAGGGGAUCCAGAGCUUAUACGAGUGGCAGGAGACGUGUCUGAACCUGCCGUCCGUUCAGCGCAGGAAGAACCUGAUCUACUCGCUGCCGACCAGCGGAGGAAAGACUCUGGUGGCCGAGAUCCUGAUCCUCAGAGAGCUGCUCUGCAGGAAGAAGGACGCUCUGUUCAUCCUGCCGUACGUCUCUCUGGUGCAGGAGAAGGUGCGAGGGUUGGCAAGCUUUGGCGUGGAGCUGGACUUCCUGGUGGAGGAGUACGCAGGCAGCAAAGGAAGGUUCCCCCCCGUAAAGAGGAAAGACAGGAGGUCUCUUUACGUCGCGACGAUAGAAAAAGCCCACAGCCUCGUGAACUCGCUGAUCGAGAACCAGAGGAUCGACGACCUGGGGCUGGUGGUGGUGGACGAGCUUCACAUGUUGGGCGACGGCAGCAGAGGAGCCAUCAUUGAGAUGACGCUCGCUAAAGUUCUCUACACGGCCAAAUCCACUCAGAUUAUCGGGAUGAGCGCCACGCUGGGAAACAUUAAAGACCUGCAGACGUUUUUAAGAGCGGAAAACUACAGCAAUGACUUCCGGCCUGUGCAGCUGAAGGAGUACGUUAAACUGCAAGACACCAUCUAUGAAGUGGACCCAAAGGAGGAAGACUGCUUCAAAUUUUCUCGUCUCCUCAACUUCAAGUACUCCAGCUCCAUGCAGAAGCUGGACCCGGACCACAUCAUCGCCAUGGUGACCGAAGUCAUCCCAAAACACUCAUGUCUGGUUUUCUGCCCCACGAAGAAGAACUGUGAGAACGUGGGAGGGCUGAUCUGCAGAUACCUCAGGAAGGACUUCCUGCUCCUCCACGAGCAGCAGAAGCUCCUCCUCCUCUCCCAGCUGAAGGAAUGUGGGCGGGGCUCCGUGUGUCCGGUGCUCAGCAGGACGGUUCCUUACGGAGUGGCCUAUCAUCACAGCGGGCUGACGGGGGAGGAGAGGAGGCUGCUGGAGGAGGCGUACACCUGUGGGACGCUCUGCCUCCUCACCUGCACCUCCACGCUCGCUGCAGGGGUCAACCUGCCCGCUCGCAGGUCAGCAAACACAACAACAACAACAACAGCAUAA